CCAUGAAGAAGGCGGCUGGCGGAGACGAGCUCGCAGAACUCUUCAGUAUGAUCCCGUACCUUCUGCAGGCGGCCAACACCAGCGGCAACGCGUCGCUGCAGCUUCAGGACUUGUGGUGGGAUCUGGGGCUAGAGCUGCCUGACGGCGCGGCGCCGGGGCAUCCCCCGGGCACCGGCGGGACAGAAAGUGCAGACACCGAGGCCCGGGUGCGGGUCCUCAUCAGCGUGGUGUACUGGGUGGUUUGCGCGUUGGGCCUGACCGGCAACCUGCUGGUGCUCUACCUGAUGAAGAGUAAGCAGGGAUGGCGCAAGUCCUCCAUCAACCUCUUCGUCACCAACCUGGCGCUGACAGACUUUCAAUUUGUACUCACCCUGCCCUUCUGGGCGGUGGAAAACGCUCUGGACUUCAAAUGGCCCUUCGGCAAGGCCAUGUGUAAGAUCGUAUCCAUAGUGACGUCCAUGAACAUGUACGCCAGCGUCUUCUUCCUCACCUCCAUGAGCGUGGCGCGCUACCACUCGGUGGCCUCGGCUCUUAAGAGCCACAGGACCCGAAGGCAUGGCCGGUGCGACUGCUGCGGCAAAAGCCUGGGGGGCAGCUGCUGCUUCUUAGCCAAAGCACUGUGCGUAUUGAUCUGGGCCUCCGCCGCGCUGGCCUCGUUGCCCAAUGCCAUCUUCUCCACCACUAUCAAGGUGAUGGGCGAGGAGCUGUGCCUGGUGCGCUUCCCAGACAAGUUGCUGGGCGGCGAUAGACAGUUCUGGCUGGGCCUCUACCACUUGCAGAAGGUGCUGCUAGGCUUCGUGCUGCCCUUGUGUAUCAUCAGCCUGUGCUAUCUGCUGCUGGUGCGCUUCAUCUCCGAUCGCCGAGUGGCAGGGACCGAAGGAGGAGCCUCGGCUGCCCGGGGCAGCCUGGCCGCAGCCAGCGCCCGGAGACGGUCCAAAGUCACCAAAUCAGUGACCAUCGUGGUCCUAUCAUUCUUCCUGUGUUGGCUGCCCAACCAGGCGCUCACCACCUGGAGCAUCCUCAUCAAGUUCAACGCGGUGCCCUUCAGCCAAGAGUAUUUCCUAUGCCAGGUAUACGCGUUCCCGGUGAGCGUGUGCCUGGCUCAUUCCAACAGCUGUCUCAACCCCAUCCUCUACUGCCUCGUGCGCCGCGAGUUCCGCAAAGCGCUCAAGAGUCUGCUGUGGCGCAUCGCGUCGCCCUCUCUCACCAGCAUGCGCCCUUUCACCGCCACCACCAAGCCAGAGCCCGAAGAUCAGGGGCUGCAGGCCCUGGCACCUCUCCACCCGACCGCGGAGCCAGACCUGGUCUACUACCCGCCUGGCGUGGUGGUCUACAGUGGGGGGCGCUACGAUCUGCUGCCCAGCAGCUCCGCCUACUGACUCAGCCCAGGGUGCGCAGUCACCGCAAAGUGGCCUUCCCCGGGUGGGGAAAGAGGAGAGCGGAUUAGGAGAUGCUGGGCGCCCGCCGGAUCGAGAGGUAGGAGGGACGAGGAUAGGGAGGGGCGCAAGGGAGCCGCCACUGAGAAGACUAAGGGGCUGUCUCCGGGGAGGGAAGGCUUCCAGACAGGGUGGAGAGAGGAAGCUGGCAAAGGGGCCCGGGUCAGCAUCGCAGAGCCAAGCCACCAGCCCGCGUCCCCCUUCUCUCCCCCCACACCACUUCCUCUCCUUAGGCUGUCAACACUGGGCAGGGUAGGGGCGCCCAGAAGCGGAGAAAGGACUCAGGAAUGUAAAGAAAUUGGGGCGCGAGGAAGUGGGGCUCAGCCAAGUGGUGCGCAGGCAAUUGAGCGCAUUUAUUCCAGCGACUUUUAUGGAGCUCUUGAAAGGGUCCUAGCGGCGCGUCCAACUGGGGGAGCCUCCCACAAAACCUUUCCUUCGCGCCUUGGCAGGCGAGACCGCCGCAGCGCCGUCUGACUUGCGGCGUGGCUGCGCAGAGAGCCCGGUUUGGGAAUAAGAAACUUUUUCGGAGUUGGAAGAAAGUAGCGACGGUCUUGAUCCGCAUUCAAGAGAAAUGCACCGCGAGAGAGAGGCAUCUCCCGUGAGGCCAUUGUAUCAUUUACCAUCGCGGACAGGGGGAGUGGGUACGCGGGAGCCGGGCCGCGACUCUGUGCUCAGCUGUCACCUGAGACAAAACACUUGCCCGCAAACGCCGCGAGCGAUUCGCUGGGGAGUGGCGUCCCUGAGGGAGGGAGCAGAUGCAUUGUGAUUAGAGGGACUGAACUGAGACCUUUUCAGGCUCUCGCCUCUGAAGGAAAAGGGGAGCUCACGUGCUCCCUUAGUAACCGAGCAGGAGGAGAGGGCGCCAGGUGCCGGAAGCCUGGACUUCCCAGUUCCCUGGGGAGCGGCGUGGGUACUGGAAACGCUGUGUGCUCCUUUCUGCGCGCGGCAGGGGAGCUGUGCCCUGGAGCAACUUGAAAAGGUCUGAGUAGACACGCUACUGGGCGUGGGGACUUUUCUGUAGCCUCUCCUCCUUCACUCUUUGGAACUCCGCGUGCCCGUUUGAUAGAGGCUCUACCAGCCUGUAGAAGGGUCGGCUUCUGUAGGCUCAGGACAGAAAACUAAAAGAUGCUGUAGA